CAGCAACCUUCUGGACCAGCGUCCCACUUGGGGAUUCAGGAACAAUAGCCAUUAUUCCGUUAGGACCGCGGCCCUCUUGAUCCCAAGGUCUCGUCUUACCCCGGUUUGCGUCGAAUAUCGCCGUUUUACCUGGAAGCGAUUAUCUUCAUCGUUCUUUUUGGCCGUUGCGGGUCCUGGGGCCAGAAUUAUCGUACUGGGGUUUCUUAUUACUUGAUCAGUACUAGACGCCAUUCUUCUUUGUCGUCAUGACUGAAGUGUCGUCCACACGACUUUAUCUCGGGAAUCUUCCCCGCAAUGUCACCAAGCAGGAUAUCGAGGAACAUUUUAGCACCCAUGGCUCCGGAAAGAUUACAGAGAUCAAGCUUAUGAACGGUUUCGGAUUCAUUGAAUACGAAGAUGCGAUGGAUGCUAGAGAUGUUGUACCAGCGUUCCAUGGCAGUGAUUUCAAAGGCGAGCGACUCACUGUACAAUUCGCGCGGGGGCCACGUCGCAAGGAGAACUUCCCUGGCCCAAUGGACCGUCCUAAUAUGCCUCGUCCCCGUCGCACGGUCUACCGUAUGAUGGUUUCUGGACUCCCGGAAACAAGUUGGCAGGACCUUAAAGACUUCGCACGUGGAGCGGGUCUUGAUGUUGUUUACUCGGAAACCGGCCGUGAACUUGGUAGAGGGUGGGUCAAUUCAUAAUAACCAGGACGGCUCUCGGACCCUGUUAACACUAAUCCUCAAGGUUCGUUGAGU